AUGACAUCGGAAAAGGAAUUACCAUUACAUGUCGGUAGAGAUAAACGUACCAUUAGACGUGCUCAUCAUUUUGGAGUCAUCUCCUUAAUAUUAAUCGUAUUAUUAUUUGUGACAUUUUCUUAUAAUGAUAAUGUUAAAUCAUUAAUGGAUGCACCACAUGAACCAGAUUCAUUAUGUCCAAUAAUUCCCAAAAUUAAUCCAAGUAAAUAUUUAACUAAUCCAGAAACAUUACAAUAUAUACUUCAUAAUAAGAAAUAUCAUAAACAAAUAAGAAAAAGAUUAUCAAAUGCAGUUAAAAUACCUACUGAAAUUUAUGAUGAUAUGAUUAAUCCUUCAAAUAUUGAAUCACUUGAAGAAUUAUAUAAAUUGGAUCCAAGAUGGGAACAAUUUGAAAAAUUUCAAAAAUUUUUGAAAAAAACCUAUCCAUUAAUUCAUAAACAUUUAAAACUUAAAAAAAUUAAUAAAUUUGGAUUAAUUUAUACUUGGAAAGGUAGUGAUGAGACAAAAAAACCAAUUAUGUUAGCUGCUCAUCAAGAUGUUGUACCUGUAUCAUUGGAAACUGAAUCACAAUGGAAAUAUCCACCAUUUGGAGGUGAAUUUGAUGGUGAAUUUAUAUAUGGUAGAGGAGUUAGUGAUUGUAAGAAUUUAUUAAUGGCAUUAAUGAAUACAAUUGAAUUAUUAUUAAAAGAAGGUGAUUUAAAGCCUAAAAGAACAAUAAUUUUAUCAUUUGGAUAUGAUGAAGAAGCAUCAGGAAAUGGAGCUAAAGAAAUAUCUGAAUAUUUAUUGAAUAAAUAUGGAGAAAAUUCAAUCUUUCAAAUAAUUGAUGAAGGUGAUAAUGAAGGUAUUACUGAAAUUGAAGGAAUUAAAUUUAUAUUACCAUCAAUUGGAGAAAAGGGUCAUUUAAAUUCAAUAAUUGAAUUAUUUACAAAAGGUGGACAUCUGUCAAUACCUCCUAAAACAUACAUCAAUUGA